GCCCAGGGUUCGACACGAUGGAUAAAUUCCGGAUGAUGUUCCAGUUCCUGCAGUCUAACCAGGAGUCCUUCAUGAACGGCAUCUGUGGCAUCAUGGCACUCGCCAGCGCACAGCUCUACUCGGCCUUUGAGUUCAACUGCCCCUGUUUACCGGAGUACAACUACGCGUACGGCAUGGGGAUCCUCGUCGUCCCGCCCGUCUGGUUUUUCCUGCUGGGAUUCGUGCUCAACAACAACGUGUCCGUGCUGGCCGAGGAGUGGAGGCGGCCCACGGGCCGGCGGCGCAAGGAUCCCGCCGUGCUGCGCUACAUGUUCUGCUCCAUGGCGCAGAGGUCCCUCAUCGCCCCGGUGCUCUGGAUCUCCGUCACUCUCAUGGACGGCAAGAGCUUCCUGUGCGCCUUCAGCGUCCACCUGGACCCGGGGCGGUUCGGCAACCGCAGCAGCCCUGCCGUGCCCCGCGCCGACCUCGAGCGCCUGCUCGCCAAGGUGCCGUGCCACGACGUCUUCGACGGACACGCGGUCGUCUCGCGGGAGGCGGCCACCCGGUACCUGCGCUGUAUUUCUCAGGCCUGUGGAUGGAUGUUUCUGCUGCUCACGACGUUCGUGGCCUUCCUGGUGCGAGCCAUCAGGCCCUGCUUCACUCAGGCCGUCUUCCUGAAGACCAAGUACUGGUCUCACUACGUCGACAUUGAGCGCAAGAUGUUUGAGGAGACGUGCACCGAACACGCCAAGAGCUUCGCCCGCGUGUGCAUCCAGCGCUACUUCGAGAGCACGGGCGGCGAGAUGACUACCUUCCACAGCCAAUGGACGCACGACAAGGGUGGCGACAAGGUCGACGGGGACAAAUGCUCCAAUGAGAAGGACAAACUUCUGGGCAUCCGCGUCCAGGAGGAUAUGAACAAGGUGCUGUGGAACUGGCACCGCUGCAAACCGCCGCUGGAUAUCAGGGAGGAGGACCUGUGUCACACCAAAGGAAGCGGCUGCACAAGACGAGGCGAGCUGCACAGGAAGGAGUGGGUGUCCUACUACAGCAAGGUGUGACAGCUGGACAAGAGGAGACGGAGAGGUGUAGGGAUGAGCUGCUGGCACUACAGAUGAGUUCUCAGCUGCGUAGGGCUCCCAGGACUGAGUCGAGUUCAGUGGCCGAUUCAGGUCUGCAGCGUUAGUCCUCACAACACACACACACACGUUUGAUUAAACUUGACUGAGUCACCCUACAGACUUUGAGGAGAAUUUCUCUCCUCUGCCCCAUUAUUCCAAAACGGGCCGUUGGGCAGUGACCUGGUUUGAACGGUAAAACUCGUUCUUUCACUGCUCUGUCCUGGUGCUGGACUUUCCGUGAGCUAAAUGCCAUCGAGGUCCUAACCGUACAACUAAGGGAAACUGGCUGGAACCGGACUGAGGGCGUUGCCCUGCUGAGUCCUGCUCAUUCUGUCGUGGUUUGGGCCUCUUCUACGCAGUGAGUGACGCACACAAGACUGACUCCAAUUUACCUGAGACAGGUGUCCUCAGCGCCUGUUACCCCAUCCAAGGGCCGCUUGCCCAAUGUCCUGCAUGUCACCUGUCCUGUGCUUUCAGGUGACAGUCAGGCGCUAAGUGCAAAGUGUUGGAAAAGAGGAUCCAACUUGUGCGACUCUGAGCCAAGAGCCUGAAACUGCAGGCAGCGCAAUGGUUAGGGCUGCUGCCUUACGGUGGAAGGUUCCAGGUUUGAUUCCCACGACACCUACGCUGCCCUUGGUUAAGGGACGUAGCCUGAAUUGUGACUGUAAAAAUUAC